AUGGCUACUAAUUCAUCUUCCUCGAAUAUAUCUGUCUCGUUCGAAAAAGCCAUUGCUCUUAUUACUGGAGCUAAUAAAGUUUGUGUUAGCAAACUAGCAUAUACACUGAGUGUGCUAUUCAUUUUAUUUAAGGGCAUCGGAUUCGAAACAGCACGUCAACUUGGCAAACAAGGUAUUAUUGUUCUCGUCGGUGCUCGAGACAAGACACGUGGCGAAGAAGCAGUCAAGAAAUUGAAAGAAGAAAAUAUUAAGGCGAUGUUUGUCCAUAUCGAUGUAUGUAAUCAAGAGUCAAUUCAGAAAGCAGCAGAACAAGUCAAACAAGAAUAUGGAAGAAUCGAUAUUUUGAUCAACAAUGCAGCAAUCCAUUUGGAAGGUGAACCACCAUCAAAAACGGUCAUGGAGAAGCUUCGUCAAACAUUUGAGACGAAUUUCUUUGGUGUUUUUGCUGUCAUUCAAGCUUUCAUACCGUUACUACAAAAAUCAACCGUUGGUGGUGGUCGCAUUGUGAAUGUCUCCAGUCAAUUAGCCUCAUUUGGUAACAAUUUAGCUGAUCGUAAUAAACUUGCAUAUUCAACCUCUAAGACGGCAUUGAAUAUGAUGACAUUUCAAUUUGCUAAAGAAUUUUCAAAUAAUGGAUCAAGUAUCAAAAUUAAUAGUGUUGAUCCGGGUUCGACCCAAACUGACAUGACUGGUCAUAAUGCGAAAUUUGGUCCAGUGGAAGCUGCUGCUGCUCCCAUUGUUUACUUUGCGACGCUACCCGCUAAUGGUCCCUCGGGUCAAUUUUUCAAUUCAAAAAUGAAUCCACAUCCAUGGUAAAUCCGAUGAACACAUGAUUCGAAUUACAACUUGAUUUUUUUGUGUAGUUAUAUAUAAAUAAACAUUCAAAUAUGUUCUAUUCCUUUUUUUAUACAAACAGAAUUAACACAAAAAUCUAAUUAAUUAAUAUUUACUAAAAACCAAGUUUGAAACGACAUCAUUUACAAUUUCAUAACCUGAUAUGCUUUUAAUAUAUCACAUCAGACACAUUGUGUUUAAAAAGAAAAAAAUGCAGAUAUAUUAGAGAAAGAAAGAAAAUAGAGAUGAAAAAACAAAAACAAAAGAAAAGCAUUUUUCAGUAUUAACAAACCAAACGUAUAACCACAGUUAUUUUCUACGGCAACUUGUGCAUAAUUUUUUAGCUGAUCUUUACUAUAUCAAAUAUUAACGACUCUAAUGACAAAAAGAAAAGUUCGUUUAUUGCAUCUGAUAGAUGGGAAAUUCAUUAAGGUUCUAAUGAAAUGCUUGUAUAUUGUUAUAGCGGCUCUCAAAUCUGCAUAUCACAAAUGGAUCAAAGAUCAUGUCUCAGUUGAAUCUCCUGCUGAACGUAAUCGAUAUUCUUUAUAUGUAAACCCCUCUGCAGAAUAGAAGCCCACCCUAUAAUAGAAGCCCACCCUAUAAUAGAAGCCCACCCUAUAAUAGAAGCCCAUCCGGAAUAGAAGCCCAGUCCCAAAGUUAUAGUUUUUCGGACGUAAUAGAAGCCCACUCGAAAUGUGCAUAUAUAGAGAAAUCAAGAAGACAAACAUUGUAUUGAUAAUUUUCAAUUUUUUUAAAUUAAAUGUUCAUGUCGUCAAUCUAUUUCUUUCGUUUUGUAUAUCUUCUUCUUUGACUAUUGAACUUCGUUCGUCAAUUGUGACCGUCGACAAUUUUGUAUAGAAAAAAUAAUUCUUUUUAUUGUGUUCUAAUUUUCGAUAUAAAAACAAUCAUAUAUAUACAUUUUAAUACUUGUAUUGCAACAUUAAUUCUCU